GCAAUGAGCAGGGUUUAUAGACGUGCCACCUGCCUCAGAACCCAGUACCUCAGGAGAGAGCGCGCAAGAUGAACAUUGAUGACUAUGAGAACGUCAGCCUAGGGAAGCCGUCACCUUGGCCACUUGGACAGUUUCUCAGGGUAGAGCCACAUCCAACCCACAGGACUGCACGGAUGGCCCAGGUGGCCCUGGUUCUCCUGACUCUGGCCUUGUUGGCCUCCCUCGCUGCUAUCAUCAUUCUUUAUUUCCAGGUAGAGGCAUGCACAGGAAGUGAGAAGGCCCAGCGGAAGGCCUACCUGGAUAAUAUUACCACCUUGACUUCAGAGAUGCAGAUGUUAAGAAGUCAUUUGGAAAACCCUAGGGUUCAGGUGUUAGAGACCAAGAAGACUAGGAGUGGCUUGGAAGAUGUCACAGCAUCUAGUGCUGUCACAGAAGGGCUAAGAGGUUAUUUGGAGACCAUUACUGUCCUCCCUGUCAGCACCCAUCAGGUACAGACCAGGGCCUCUGGAGUGACCCCUGGGACACCAGAAGGCCACGUGGAGGAGGACCUAAAGCUCGGGAGGGUCACCGAACCACCUGGAGGUCCCAUCAAGGAAGCCCUGGAAUUGGGAGGAAUCCCUGAGACACCCGGCAUCCAUGUGGAGAAGGUCUUAGCAAGUGCUGACAUUCUAGCAGAUGUGAAAAUGUUAAAAGACCUUCUAGAGACUGUUAAUGCCUCCUACAUGGCCGUGAGAGAUGAGUAUAGAACCAUACUAACCCUCCUCUCCAAGGGCUGGAAGUUCUACAAUGGAAACCUCUAUUAUUUUUCCCAAAAGAGUACAUCCUGGAAUGAGGCUGAAAAGUUCUGUGUAUCAUGGGGGUCUCAUCUGACAUCCGUGGCCUCAGAGGAAGAACAGGAGUUCCUUAUCAGGAGAGCCAAGGGCAUGCCAUAUUGGAUUGGCCUGACCAGCCUGGGUACUCAAGGCAGCUGGCAUUGGGUUGAUGGGACUCCCUACAAGACUGACAGCAGAAGGUUCUGGAUGGGAGGUCAACCACAACCCUGGAAUGUGAGAGGCAAGUGUGUGGAGAUGCGGGUCAAGGCCCUGAAGUCAUGGAAGGAUAGGGAUUGUCAAGCUCAUCUCCAGGGUCUCUGUAAAAAAGCUCUGGAGAGGUUUGAAGAAGAUCCGGAUGUGAGUUGGAGGACAGAACUUGACUAGCAUGUCAGCGGCCCAUCCUCAGAAGGGGAGAACAAAGUGGGCCACACCUUCUCUCCCCACCUUGGAAGAAACCAAGACACUGCGGCCGGAAGACCAUGUUCAUGGUCCCUUCUGACUCGGUGUGGGGCUUUGAUAUUGUCGCUUCCCAAGGACACGUAACACCUGGUUUCUUCACAUUUCUUUGGUAGUCUAUAUCUCCCCCUCUGGGGCACAACUAUUAAAGAGGCGGGGCUUUAGAACGUCUGAAAACACCCUGAAAUGGAACUUGGCCUCGAGGAGAAUGAGAUGAUCUCUGAUUUCUGCUCAGUCUUUCAGAAGCUUGGGUGGGAGGGGAAAUUUAUGUGGAAAGGCAGAAAUUGGAGAAUUAUCUUUAUUUCCAGGUUACUCUGAAACUCUGGGAGGAAGCAAGACAAAGAAUAAAUUUAGAGAAUGUUCAGGGGAACGUGUACGUUUGAAGCAGGACUUAUCGUCGUGAAUCCUACAGUCUAACAGAGAGACAGUGGUAGUAGUAGCAGCGGCAGCAGCAGU